AUGGGGACCUUGUUCCUUAAUUCUUCUUCUUCCUCUGUCAAUGGUUCUUCGAGUACUAAACUUAUCGCAGGAAUUGCGAAGAAUUACAAGAGCCCGAGCAAGUUGCUGAGAAAGAAGUUCGUUCGUUGCCAAGAAAGUAGCAAUAGUAGCAGUAAUAAUAAUAACAAUAAUAAAGAUAUUCAAUCGAGAAAAAAUAGUAGCUGGGUUUCGUCCUUGUCAAAAGGGAGAUCAACAUUGAUUAGUACAGAAAAUAGUGCAGCUGUGAUGGAGGCAGAGAUUGCUGUGAAGGACUUGGUGCCUUACAAUGGUGGAGUAGGUACUACUACUAUUACUGCCCCUUUGAUUGAGCUGCAAGAGGGUAUUGGCAUUGUCAAAUUUCUUAGGGGGAAAAGGCUUUUUAUUACAGGAGCAACUGGGUUUCUGGCUAAAGUUCUUAUUGAGAAGAUACUACGAACGGUGCCUGAUGUCGGGAAGAUUUUUGUCUUGAUCAAGGCGAAAAACAAAGAAGUCGCAAUGGAAAGAUUAAAGACUGAAAUCAUAAACGUGGAGCUUUUCAAGAAUCUUCAACAGACUUACGGAAAAUCGUAUCAGACAUUCAUGUUGAGCAAACUAGUACCUGUCGUGGGAAAUGUCUGCGAAUCAGAUCUUGGUCUGGAAGAAGAUUUGGCUGAUGUUAUUACCAAGGAAGUUGAUAUAAUUGUAAAUUCUGCUGCUAAUACAACUUUUGAUGAAAGAUAUGAUAUUGCUAUUGAUAUAAACACAAGAGGGCCUUUUCACCUUAUGGGUUUUGCCAAAAAGUGCAAGAAGCUUAGACUCUUUGUGCAAGUGUCAACAGCAUAUGUUAAUGGGCAAAGACAAGGAAGAAUUAUGGAAAAGCCAUUCAGCAUUGGAGAUUGCAUAGCAAGGGAAACAUUCAUGUCCAAAACCACACCAAGAUUUAUACCUACUUUGGAUGUUGAGAACGAAAUUCAUUUGGCUUUGAGUUCCAAGAAAAACUUUGAAGAGAAUGAAGUAGCACAAAAGAUGAAGGAACUAGGUUUAGAAAGGGCAAGAAAAUAUGGAUGGCAAGACACUUAUGUGUUCACGAAGGCUAUGGGAGAAAUGGUAAUUGACAACACAAGAGGUGAAAUACCAGUAGUGAUAAUCAGACCCAGUGUUAUAGAAAGCACUUUUAAAGAGCCUUUCCCCGGAUGGAUGGAAGGAAACAGGAUGAUGGAUCCAAUAGUUUUGUACUAUGGAAAAGGGCAGCUCACAGGAUUUCUUGUUGAUCCAAAAGGAGUGCUCGAUGUGGUCCCAGCUGACAUGGUCGUUAAUGCAACAUUGGCAGCGAUAGCGAGACAUGGAGUGGCAUCGAAACCGGACAUAAACGUCUACCAAAUCGCUUCCUCAGUCGUAAAUCCACUCGUUUUCGAAGACUUAGCGAGUUUACUUUAUGAGCAUUACAGUUUAUGCCCAUGUGUUGACUCAAAGGGCCGACCAAUACAUGUUCCUUCAAUGAAGCUGUUUAGUUCCAUGGAGGAUUUCUCAGCUCAUCUAUGGAGAGAUGCUUUCCAGAGAAGUGGGUUAACAGCCAUGGCCUCAUCAGAUGGGAAGCUGUCACAGAAACUUGAA